UCCAUCUUCAGUUCGACACACACCGCACGCAACCAACACAAGUGUGUGUGCCCUAUGUUAGUAACGCCGGGUUCCAACAUCGCCGUGGAUUUUGAUAGCUCCUGUGCCUUCGUAUCGAGCGUGCCCGCAGGCGAGGAGAGCGGAAAAUUUCUUCCAGACCGUCAUUGCCACAGCCUGCUUCGUGGUCCCGCAUAUGUAAAGUGUGCGGCGCGUGGCGCACAGCGGACGAGAAAGAGGCUUGAGGAGGUCGAGACGCUUCUCGCGAACAAGAAGCCAUGGCCUGCGUUUCUCCGCGCCGCAGUGGAGACCCGCGGUGAGUGGGACGACUGCCCGGAGGGUGCCACGGAUGCGCUGGAAUGGAUGGCUUCAACCGCCGUGGGCUUGCUGGAUAUUGCGAGUGUUGGCCCUCUCAUACCUGUCUGCAAGGCGUUCACGGCUCUCAUCGAGGCCGCACAAGGCGCUACGGAGGUAGUCGAGAAUCUGCGGGAAUUGGUCACUUGGUGCGCGUUCCUCGUCGGUGUGUUCAUCGAGCACGGCAAGCAAGUGGACAAUCUACAGAAGAUCGCCAAGCCGCUGAACGAGCUCGUGUCGACCACGGGCGAGCUGGCGAAACGUGCGAAGGUCGUUGCGGGGAGAGGCAAGUGUACGGCGCUUUUUUGCCACAAGAAGGACGCCAAAACCAUCGCCAGCUUCGACGCCAAACUUCGUCGCCUUUGGACCGACAUCAGGGGGCUCGCCAUUCUGGACAUCCAGCAGAUUGUGAUCAGGCUGGAGGAGCGCUCGCGGCCUGUCCCUGUACCAGGCAUGGCCGACGUCCCUGCUGCGGCGCUGAAGCUGCCGCCUAGCCACGUGAAGCGCGUUGGGUUAGAGGCCGAGAUCGUCAAUAGCCUGACGGCUACCGACGCGUCCGGCAUUUCCUGGCUGAGGGUGGGGCGGGUGGGUGAGGACCAGCUUCAAGCCCUCUUUGAGGCUUUAACACGGGGAGCAUUCCCCGCGGCCAAGCUCCCGCCACGGUUCAACAGCCCGGAGGAAAUCAUCCAGUACUUGACUGUCCUCGUUGCAGAGGACAAGCUGCCUCGCCUGGUGGUCCUGGAUGAUGUAUGGGAACGUGCGGUCGUGGACACCUUGCGACCCACGGGGCUCCGACUGCUCGUGACCACCCGUCUGGAUUCGGUGGUGGCGAUGAGAGGAGGACGCACGACCGUUGGGAACAUGGACGGGGGUGAGGCCCGAGAGCUGCUGAAGAGCAGGAGUGGUGCCAUUGCACUUCCGAAGACGGAGGCUGACCAGGUCGCCGCGGCCUGUGGGUGGCACGCGCUGACCCUUGCCAUCGCGGGAUCGCUGCGGUUUGUCAAGGAUGACCCAAACUCUGCUUCAACAUGGCGCCGACUAGCCUCGGAGAUGACGCAAACGAAGAACUCAGUCCGAGGCCCGAAGAUGGACGCGGACAUCGGUGACGACCCGACCAAGAAAUCGUUGUUCCCCGUCCUGGAGCUGAGCUUGGAGUCUCUCGGUGGAGAUAGGGAACGCCUGUUCCUCAGCUUGCUUGUGCUCGCCCGUGGCGUCUCGGCUCCGGCCCCUAUGCUGGCCAGCAUCUGGGAUAAGGACGACAUGGGUGCCAGGAACGAAGCUGACUUCUUCGUGAGCAACUCUCUUCUGCAAGAGGUGGAUAGCUCCUUUCGCCUGCACGACCUUCUGCUGGACUUCGUUCGGACUAGGUGCGAAAAGAAGAUCAUCGACGAGGCCGUGAAACGCCAAAGCCAGUACCUGGGCAGGCUGGCUGUGCUCCAGGACUACGAAGCGAAGGGUGACUCCCUUGAAGGCUUCUACUCCCUCAUCGUCCUGUGGCGAAAACUGGCAGAGCUUUGUGGCAAGCAGUUGGAGGUGGAAGUCUACCACGCCAGUCUCGGGAAGCUCGGCGACGACGUAUCAACCGGCGCGUCGGACGCUUUCUCGGCUGUGGGGAGAUUGCAUGAACUCGAGGGCAACUUCGCCGAGGCCGACCCCUUCAAUCUUCGCGCCAUUGAGAUUGGGGAGAAAGUAUUGGGCCCCGAACAUCCAGAUCUUGCCGUAUGGCUUAACAACCGGGCGGAGUUGUUGAGAGCACAGUUGCUCAACAACCCUAGGACGGGGUUGUUGAAGGCCCAGGGCGGAGUUGUUGAGAGCGCAGGGCAAGGGGUUGUUGAGCAAUUGUUCGCCCGUUGUCAAUCCCCGCUAGCAUUGACCACACUUCUGACAUACUUGCCUUUCACGUCUCAGGGUAAGUUCGCCGAGGCCGAGCCCCUGUACAGGCGGGCGACCGAGAUUUGGGAGACAGCUUUGGGUCCCGAGCACCCACAAAUGGCAACAGCGCUCAACAACCGGGCGGGGUUGUUGAGCAAUGUUCCUCCGCAUUCAUUGUCUUCAUUCCAUUCCUCUAAUACCCAUCAUGUUUUCAUCACGUUCCAGGGCAAGUACGAGGAAGCUGGGCCGCUGUAUGAACGUUCCCUUGCCAUCCGCGAGAAAGUGUUAGGACCUGACCAUCCGGAUGUAGCCCAGUCGCUCAACAACCGGGCGCUGUUGUUGGACAGUCAGGGCAAGUACGACCAAGCCGGGCCGCUUUAUGACCGUUCCCUUGCCAUUCUUGAGAAAGUACACGGGCCUGAUCAUCCUGCGGUGGCAUCAACGCUCAACAACCGGGCGGCGUUGUUGCAGGCACAGGGCAAGUACGACCAAGCCGAGCCUUUAUUCAAGCGCUCGCUAGCUAUCGAUGAGAAAGUGUACGGUCCUGAUCAUCCGGAAGUCGCUACAGAUCUCAACAACUGGGCGGNUGCCACGCCGUCGACCGUUCCCCAACUAAAACUUUUACUCUAUUGCGCUGUCAACUGCAUCAAGGGCAAGUACACCGACGCUGAGCCGCUCUACGAGCGAUGUCAGGCGAUAUACGAAAAGCGUCUCGGUCCUGAGCAUCCCUAUGUGGCCACAACGCUCAACAACCGGGCGGGGUUGUUGGAGGCACAGGGCAAGUACGAGGAAGCCGACCCUCUCUAUCUGCGAGCUGUUGAGAUUGGGGAGAAGACUCUAGGCCCUGACCACCCAGAUCUUGCCACGAGUCUCAACAACCGGGCGGGGNGUGAGAGGACGCAGGAGAUCUUUGAGAAGUCCUUGGGACAGGAUCAUCCCGCUGUCGCCACGAUUCUCAACAACAGGGCGGGGUUGUUGAGCAAGCAGGUGCUCAACAACCGGGCGGGGUUGUUGAGCGCGCAGGGCAACUACGCCGAGGCUGUGCCUCUGAACGAACGAGCGACGGAGAUUUGGAUCAAAGCCUUAGGUCCUGAGCACCCGCAAGUGGCAACAGCGCUCAACAACCGGGCGGGGUUGUUGAAAGCACAGGGCAAGCUCCCGGAAGCUGAGCGGUUGUAUGAGAGGACGCAGGAGAUCUUUGAGAAGUCCUUGGGGCAGGAUCAUCCCAAUGUCGCCACGAUUCUCAACAACAGGGCGGGGUUGUUGUACAAGCAGGGCAAGUACGACCAAGCCGGGCCGCUUUAUGACCGUUCCCUUGCCAUUCUUGAGAAAGUACACGGGCCUGAUCAUCCUGCGGUGGCAUCAACGCUCAACAACCGGGCGGCGUUGUUGAGAGCACAGAAGAGGUACGAGGAAGCCAUUUCGUCGUUCGAACGAUCCCUCUCAAUCCGCACGAAGAAGCUUGGGGCAGACCACCCACAAACGGUCGCGACUCGGAACUGGCUGGAAUCCGUGCGAAAGAAGGUGUGAACACGAGACCGGAGCGGCAUGCGAGAUUUGUGCAGCACAGCGAUGAGCAGCGUCAGGCGCAACGGGACGUUGCUUGUGUUACCCAGGUCCACCGUGACGGCGAUUUUAAGAUCAAAUUUGUCACUCACAGGUUUUGCUAUUGAUGGCGUCGUCGAUGAUGCUUUUGCCCGUACUGUUGCACUGGACUAGGAUCUAUGGCCUAGCGGAGUGGCCCGUCGACGGUCAGCUUCGGACCGGUUGCCACGUUCCUGAAUCUGAAAUUUAAUUCCUAAUUUCAGGGUCUUCAUCCAUCGGUUUGGUACACAACACUGUUCCGUAGAAGAGCACCCUGCGGGUUGCAAACAUUCAACAAUUCUUUCACCUAUGCGCACCUACAGGGCGUUCCAAUGCAUUACGUGGUCUAUAGGGGGUGUGUUAGGUGUGUCGCAGCGAAGUUCGGGGAGCCGGUGUGUUCAAUUGGCCAACCAAAGAGUCCAAUUUUCAAAAAUUCAAAUUAUGCGACGAAGGUAGACGAAGGUACGGUAGGCCACGCCACAGUGAAGCUCUGGAAACAACCAACUAGCACACACAAGGAGGCGAAAAGCGGCCGGUCUCGUGCCGCGGGAUACAAUAUGCGCGCACCGUCGCCAGAUAAGUUUUCGAAAAAUGCGCGUACAGUGGGCUACCAUGGUUGAAAGAAAUGAGCACGUAACCACAAGUAGAGAACAUCUCAUACCUACAGAGAUCUCUAAGCUAGUCCUGCUACGCUCUCCUGCCGUGGGUUACGAUGUCCGCGCUGCGCCUGAGGGAGGAAGUGGGGCGUGAGAGGCAAAUUUUGGUGCAGAGGGGACUUCGCACAUGGGAAUGGUUCCCCGAGAUAGCAGUGAGACUUAAUUUGAACAAAGGAUGUCAUAGCUUACCAGCGGUAGGGGGAGUGGGAUUAGCCUCAGGAGCCUCCGACACGUCCAUGGCGUCCGGGCCCUCCAGAGU